AAAUCCAUAGUUACCCAGUCAUUUGGACUGUCAGUUGGAAAGCUGACACAACUAACAAGGGUCUGUUACUCUUUACUGCCAUGUCAAAUCCCCUCAAACAGGUUUUUAACAAAGACAGAACAUUUCGCCCCAAGCGUAAGUUUGAGCCAGGCACACAGCGAUUCGAGUUGCACAAGAAAGCCCAAGCAUCACUCAAUGCAGGUCUAGAUUUGAAGUUGGCUGUUCAGCUUCCACAUGGAGAAGACUUAAAUGACUGGGUGGCAGUUCAUGUUGUAGAUUUUUUUAAUCGUAUUAAUCUUAUUUAUGGUACAAUCAGUGACAGCUGUACUGAGCAGUCUUGUCCUGUUAUGUCCGGUGGUCCGAAAUAUGAAUAUAGAUGGCAAGAUGAAAACAGAUAUCGAAAACCUACAGCAUUGUCUGCUCCAGAGUACAUGAAUCUUUUAAUGGAUUGGAUAGAGGUUCAAAUAAACAAUGAAGGACUGUUCCCUACAAAUGUUGGUACUCCCUUCCCUAAGAAUUUCCUGCAGGUUGUGAAAAAAAUUCUGUCAAGACUUUUUCGGGUCUUUGUUCAUGUCUACAUUCAUCACUUUGACAGAAUCAUCCAAAUGGGUGCAGAGGCUCAUGUGAAUACCUGCUACAAACACUUUUAUCAUUUUGUAAAAGAAUUUCAUCUGAUUGACACCAAGGAACUUGAGCCACUGAAGGAAAUGACAUUGAAGAUGUGUCACUAAAAUGUGAAUGACCUUUUCUCUCACCUGAUAAUGCCACUUGCGUUGCCUUUGGAGCCUGUCAAGAACUGGAGAGUUUUAUGUUUCUGCAAAGAGAUGGGUCACACUGGAUAAGACUAUUGCAUUUUAAUGGAUGUUUAAAUAGGAUAUUUUAAAUCUAUUUUUGAUGUGCACUUCUAGAUUUUAUUUUUUUAACUUGGUAUUUCAUAUUUUCCUUUUGAUGCUGAACUGUACUCACUUCCACUUCUGAUAUUUUUAGGGUCUGCAUUGUGUGAAUUACUUCUCCGGUUUCUUUGUCACAUUUA